AUGGAAGACAUGUUUAAUCUUUCAAAACUUAUUAAAUUUUUACAUCAAAUCUUGGUAUUUACAGAGGAAGUGAAGAAUAUAUUAAAAUCAAAUUGUGAUGAAGCAGUAUAUUGCUUAAAACCAUGGUAUUUGGAAAUCAAUUCACUCAACAGUAGUAAAGAUGCUUGUCCAAAUUCUAAAGCUGAAGUUGAAGUUCAAGAAAUUGCUGCAGGGAUUAGUAGAGUAUUAACACAAACACAACAGUUACGAGAAAAAUUAUCUUUUAAUACAACAGAAAAAAACAGAAAAAAAUCCAAGACAUUUCAGUAUGAAUGUUUCCGAGAAACUGAAAAUAGAAAACAAAAGAAGGUACAAAAUUUGAGUGUAAAUGAUAAAAAUGUAUCGAAUUAUAUUUCAAAUAAUUCGAAACAAAACAUGAAUGCCGCAGAAUCAAAUAUGCAGACGAUAAAUAUUGAUAAAGGAUUACAAAAUAAGAUAGCACAAAGAGAUGCAUAUAUGACACAUAAAAAAACAAAAAGUGAAAGUAAACAAUUAACACAUACAGUAAAAUCGUUAGAAAAUAAAAAUUUUCUUGUAAUAAACAAAAGAAAUAUUAAAAAUAUACGGGAAAUUAAGCAGUGUAAAGAUAUAAACAAGUUGAAAAAUAAUGUUAGAUCUAAUAGUGUCAUAACACAGUCAAGAUGUACUAUGGUUUGCAAAAAGCAAUCUGUAACAUCCACUAAUGAAUUGAAAAAUCUAAUUCAGAAAGUGUCAGCUAAAUCUAAUAAUUAUACACUUUCUAAUGAGUAUAGUGUAAAAUACCCAUUACAUGAAGAGACAAUUUCGCAAUCUAUGUAUGAGCAGAAUUUGAUAGUUAUGAACAUGAUAAACAGCUUCGAUGCAACUAAUAUUCCUGAAGAAAUAAUUAAAUCAUUGAAAAUUUAUUAUACAUAUUUGAAUAUUGAAUUCACACAAAAAUCAUGUAAUGAAAAAUUGCAAAAAGUAUUACAUGUAUUUUUGGUACAAUUCAACAAUAUGAAUGGAAUUAUACACAAAAAUCUAAUAUAUAAGGAUAAUAUCAUAACUGUUCUCCUUAAAUUUAUAUCUUUAUUUCAAUCUCUUUUCUCUCAAAACAUAGAGAUGUUCAAUUUAAGAAGUAUUAAAACAAUAUACACAGAAUUAAGUUCGGCAUGGAAAAUGUAUGAAGUGAAAGAAGUUAAUAUCAAACAAGUUUUGAAAAAUAAUGUAUACAAUACACUACAUGUUACUUCUAAUACAACAGAAUGCAUGUCAAAUGGGAUUUGGAAUUAUUUUUAUAAUAGAAAUUUUGAAGGAGUAUUAAAAACAUCUUGUAUACGUUAUACAACAAAAGAUCAAUUAUUUUUGUUCUUCAAUAUAAUACAACAUUUACAAUAUAUACAAUACCAUGAUGAUUUAAUUGAGAUUAUUACAGAAGAUGUACUUCCUAAUAUGAACAUCUUUUCUGAUUCUACUCAAUUGGAAUAUAUAAAAAUAUAUAAAAUGAUUUCUAUUCUUUAUCAAGGUCUAAAUCCAAAAAUUCCUGUUUUAGUAAGAAUUGAUAAAUAA